UUUUCAUUUUCUCCAGUGUGCAUCGUGGCGUUAAACGUGUUUACGCGAUUUAACAUUCUUCGUCUCUAAAGCGUAAACCUAUUACAAAAGGGUCAAAUUUGUCUCAAAUUCCGUUAACGUUGCUCAGAAAACAUUCUGUUUAUAAUUACAGCUAUUUUCGACUCCUACUAGUGGCUGUUAGACCCACUAGUUUCAGUGAUGAGAAACGCAUUGUCAUUACCUAUAAUUGCAUUAACAUCAGUUUAAUUAAAAGCACAUCACGAGAUAAACAUAAUAAACAGUUUGCAAAAAAUCUCAGUUGAUGUUGAAGGCUUUGCUGCUCGCGCGCUCGAAGAUAUAUUUCCAUCAAGAUAAAAUAACGGCCAAUCCCCAGAAAGAUGACAAAAUGUCAAGUGUAAAGAAUUAAACUUUGAUUUGCAACGACAUGUGCCACUUUCCUUACAGCUGCUUCUUCCAUCUUCUCCUAAUGUAUGAAAUUACUCGGUACAUCCUUUGUGAACGCCAGGUAUCUGCAGCAUCGCAAGAUGACGUAGCACGCUGCGUUAACCCUAUGUCACACGUGAAAGACAUCUCACUGCUUCAACAACAAAAAAUGAAUAAAUCAAAUAGCAUUGUUUCGCAAUUAAACGAUACUGCAAAAAUGUUAAAAAAUUCUCACAAUGUGCAAUUUUCAUUGCAAGAGAAUAUGUUAAUAUGUUACAUGUACCAAGCUGGAUUUUCUUUGCCACUUGCCAAGAAGUGCCCAAACUAUGGCAAGCAAAUGAAAGUAGUGGCAAUGGUACUAUCAGAUCCCAAUCAUUAUUUGGCACGGAAAGCUGUUCGAGAAACUUGGGGUCUAUUUACUCAUAGAAAGGAUGUUAAAGUUGUAUUCAUUGUGGGAUCCACCAAUGACGUCUGGCUGGAGCAAAAGCUUAGGAAAGAGCAGAACGCUUUCGAUGAUAUUGUACGUGCCAAUUUUCUUGAUACCUACACGAAUCUAACUCUGAAAACUGUAUCAAUACUAGAGUGGGUCGACAAAUAUUGUUGGGCAACCAAAUAUGUUUUGAAAACCGACGACGAUGUCUUCAUCAAUAUGCCAAGACUUCUAGCCUUUGUACGUGCUCACAUACGAUAUAAAAAUGUAAUAUUUGGAAGACUCUCUGAAUAUACUAAACCACACAGAGAAAGGAACAAUAAGUACUACGUUUCUAUAAUGAGUUAUGAGCCAUCGCAGUUUCCAAAUUUUUUAACCGGUCCGGCUUACUUAAUCUCUAGCGAUGUUGUCCAUAAACUCUUUGAAGAGUCUCUUCGCACGACAUUCUUAAAAUUAGAAGAUGUUUUCCUAACAGGUAUUGUAGCAAGUAAAUUAGGGAUCUACCGUGUCGAUGCUAUCGAAUUUGUCAACCAGAGAGAAUCGUUUAGUAUCUGUGAAGUUCAAAGUAGCAUCAGUUUGCACAGUAUCAGAUAUAGUGAGCAGUACGAUCUGUGGGAGAAACUAUUUGUGUGUAAUCCUGCUUGUCCUACUUUCUGUCACAUUCGAUCCAAUGGGUCACUAGCAUCGUCAAACAAUCUUGUCUUCAUUUUCAUUAUCCAAUUUAUAAUAAAAUAUAUAUUGUCAUUUACAUACUUUGAUUCAUCUAAAACUACUAUGUAAAAAUAUUUUUAUAUAGUCUUGUAUU